GCACUCUUAUGUUCUUUCUUGCAUUAUCUUUUUAACACAAAAAAAUAAACUUUUUUCAGAGAUUCUGUUUUAAAUAUACAAAAAAAAAAAAAAAAAACAUGAUCAAGCCUAUGAUCUCGAGAAGUCCCAUUUUCUUGCAUAGUUUUGUCUGUUUCUUGCUGUUCAGGUCUGUAAUUGUGACUCACUCAGCUCCUCAAGAUGCUCUGGUUCUUGAACUUCCUGGUUUUUCUGGGGCUCUUCCUUCUAAACAUUAUUCAGGAUAUGUGAAUAUUGAUGAAAAUGGUGACAAUGGGAAGAAAUUAUUUUACUAUUUUGUUGAAUCUGAGGGGAAUCCAAAGGUGGAUCCUGUGGUUCUUUGGCUUAAUGGAGGGCCUGGAUGCUCCAGCUUUGAUGGAUUUGUAUAUGAGCAUGGUCCAUUCAAUUUUGAAGCAGCAAAUGCAACAAAAGAUUCACCUAAAUUGCAUCUUAAUCCGUACAGCUGGUCUAAGGUCUCCAGCAUUAUAUAUUUAGAUUCUCCUGCUGGUGUUGGCCUCUCUUAUUCCAAGAAUACAGCUGAUUACAUUACUGGUGAUUUGAAAACUGCCUUGGAUUCACAUACAUUUCUCCUGAAGUGGUUUAAGCUGUACCCAGAGUUCCUUGGCAACCCUUUUUUCAUUGCUGGGGAGUCGUAUGCUGGAGUUUAUGUGCCAACCCUUGCUUAUGAAGUAAUGAAAGGUAUUGAUGCUGGUACAAAGCCUAAGCUUAAUCUCAAGGGAUAUUUGGUGGGAAAUGGAGUAACGGAUGAUGUUUUUGAUGGCAAUGCUCUUAUUCCAUUUGCACAUGGAAUGGGCUUGAUCCCAGAUGAACUAUAUGAGGAGGUGAUAAAUGAAUGCAAGGAAAAUUUCUAUAAUCCACUCAGUGAAACUUGUGAGAGCAAGCUUCUGAAGGUUGAUAAGAAUCUUGAAGGUUUAAACGUAUACGACAUUCUAGAGCCAUGCUAUCAUGGAACAGAUGUAAUUAAGGAGGAUAAUACAGACAGUAAAAUAAGGUUACCUUCGAGCUUCCGGGAAUUAGGUCGGACCGAUAGGCCUUUUCCGGUGAGGAAGAGGAUGUUUGGUCGUGCUUGGCCAUUUAGAGCUCCGGUUAGAGAGGGUAUUGUUCCAACUUGGCCGCAGAUCCUCAAUGGCGACAAUGUGCCGUGCACUGAUGAUGAAAUUGCUACCUCAUGGCUGAAUAAUGCAGCAGUUAGGAAAGCAAUCCACGCCGACGAGGAAAGCGUAUCCGGUGCUUGGGAUUUAUGCACAGAUAGAAUCACCUUUACACAUGAUGCCGGGAGCAUGAUCAAGUACCACCGGAACCUUACUAUGAGGGGAUUCCGAGCGCUCAUUUUCAGUGGUGAUCAUGAUAUGUGUGUACCAUAUACUGGGAGUCAAGCUUGGACAAGAUCUAUGGGUUAUAAAAUAGUUGAUGAAUGGAGGCCAUGGAUCUCCAAAGGACAAGUUGCUGGUUAUGUACAAGGGUAUGACAACAACCUCACAUUUUUAACCAUAAAGGGAGCUGGACAUACUGUUCCAGAAUACAAACCACAGGAGGCAUUGGAUCUCUACAGUCGUUUCCUUGCCGGAAAGAAAAUAUAAGUAGAAUUUCAUGAGACAUGACUAUGAUUUAAACAGUUUUAUACUUAUUUAUGAAGAGCAUAAUAAAAAUAUUUGAUUUCACCACCGGAAACUGAAUGUAGUUAACUGAUAACACUUCAUAGAAUGCUAGUGAAUCAGUCAGCGUAUGUAAUGACUUGCUCUAUGGAUGUAAUUAAGAGACAACUAGCGAGCUACUCGGAAUUGAUGCAACAAAUAUUUUUCAUGUUAUUCGAGUCGAGUUCGAGUCUGUUCAACAUGCUCACAAGUCUAAUAAAUAAUUAUUUUUACCAGA